UAUUUAAAUAACUUUGCUUUCAACCCCACUCCGUUCUGACUUCUUUUCUCCGAAGCGUGGCAGCACUGACCUGACGGCGACUACGGCGAGCCAUGCCAUGAGCCAUGAGGCACAAUUACGUUGAAAAUGGCUGCUUAAAUGUAUCGUUAAAAUGUAUGCUGAUAUAACGUGUUAUUUUACAAUGGAAUCCUUUGGAGUUAUUGAGGAAUCAAAGCGUGUUAUUGUGCCUGAAGUGACAACCAUUGCCGGGAAACCAUUGAGAAAAUACAAGAAGUCUGACAAAGCGAAGAAUCCUUUGUCAUAUUGCGUACAAAGUAUCCUACGUGAUCAGGGCUGUCACGGCUGUGGUGGCUAUCUCUGUUCUGAAAGAAGAUUUAUGAGAUCGAAGAGAGAUUUCUGCAGAGUACCAGCCUGUUGAAUAAAAUAUAUUCACUUCCUUGUUAGUCAUGCGUCCCACCCAGAGUUUAUUCGGAGAAACAACAAUGGAGAAAAUGUGUUCCUUGGAUGGGACAUUGAGUAGAAAGGGAACCAUGCCGGGCCCAAAGAAAGAAAGCAUGUUUCACGGCGUUUUCAAUGCUUUGAACGUAGUUUGGGAACAGUUCACGAAAGUUCCUUCAUUCAUAGCUAGGAUUAAUCAUCCAUUGUCCGUAACGAUCGUAAACAAUGACGGUCACAUUCCACAAGACAUUUUAACAAAUUUGACAACUAAAUUAGAGCCAUUGGGCAAUGAGAAUAUGUUCAUUCACAUUAAAGAAUCAUUAAACAUCGUCGAGAGCAUUCAUAACAAUAUGUUUAAUGAGAAACAACCUUGCUUAAGUAGAAAUCUUAAUAAGGGUAUGAAAAGUGGCUUAAAUCUUAGCUCUGAGUAUAUUAAUAACUAUGAAGCUGCAGAAGGAUCUGAUGAUAAAAUGGAAUCUAUAGAGAAAAAUAUUAUUAAGUCCGACCAUAUUUAUUUAUUACCAAAUGAAAAUGUGCUUAAAACAUAUGAAGAAGAAUCUUUUGAACUCGUCUGUCCUGAGCUAAGAGUAGAGGAGAAUCCAAGCAUAGAAUCUACUGAGGAAUAUUGUAAUAGUAAAAGCACUUGUAACGAACUAUUUCCUAAUAGCAGUGCAGAUAAUAAAACUUUGCAAACCGUUUCGACAUCCGAUUCAAAUAUGCAGACAAUUGAACAAGCUUCAGUCUCAAAUAUGAUCACAAAUAUGAUACAAAAAGUUUUCGGCGGUGAUCGAACUUGCAGGACAGAUUCUAUGGAAUCGGACACAAUAUCGAAACGAUCAAACGGCUCGCCGAAGCAGCGAAGAAGACUGAACGCCGUGGCAAAGGGCAGAGGUCGAGGGCGAGGGAAGUCGCAACUUAGACGUUCCGGAGUUAGUCAAACGAGGCACAGAAAGGAACGUACCAAACACGACAUAGCCGCUGACAUAGAAACGGAACUGAGAUGCUGGCAAGACUUCGAUAUUUACGACACAAUGGAAACCACAGAAUCGGAGGAUUGCUUUAAUUUCAACGAGAACGCGGCGGAUACUUUGCAAUAUGUUGUAGAAGAGUCUGUCAGCUCUGUAGCAUACAUUUUCUCAUUAGACGAUGUGAAACCGAAAAUUCAGAAGUCGAAGACGCGUAAAAACUGCGAGCAGGCAACAAAGUAUUCCGGAAAUAUGGAAAGUAUACCCGAAUGCACCGAACGAACGAAUUACUGCGACUUCGAUUUCAUCGAGAACAAAAAUAAUUUAUGUAAGAAUGCGUUUCGAUCGCGUCUGAUGUCGGAGAGUUCUAUCGAUUCAGAAGACAGUUAUUGCAUAGUAUUCGAGACUGGCUCUGAAGUAACUUACGACAGUGAUCUUGAGGACAGCGUGGAGAGCGAUACAGAGUCGAGCGAUGAUGAGGAAACUUGUAAAGACCGAGGAUGCGUAUCUCCGGUUGCAAAAGUGAAGUUUGACUUGAAUCCUGUGGUUCACGUAAUGGUACAGUGGGAUUAUGCUUAUCGUGCGGCUCGUAAGGGUCCAUGGGAGGAGAUGGCUAGAGACAGAGAGCGUUUCCGAGGCCGCAUAAAUUGUAUAGAACGUGUUCUUAAUCCGAUAUUAACUUCCCAGCACAGAAAUCAUAUUUGGCAAGAACGAUUCGCGGCGAACGAGUAAAAUUCAUAUUCACCGUUCCUUUAAGGUAAACGAAUCACACGAAAUAGGAGAAGAAAUGAUGCAUGAUCAUAAGAGAAAACGUGUAUAAUAAUACUUCCAGAAUGACAAAAUAGGCUGUGAAUUAAUAGUGUACUAUGUUGCAUUAAAAUACAAUUUGUACAUUAGUGGCGCAAAUAAAUUAUUUGCUUAUUUCAUUACAAUAAUAUGAUCGGUAUAAAUUAUACGCUCGUUUCCACUCAAAAUCUAAACACUACACGUCGUUUCCUAGUCUUUUAUCUCUCGUAGUGUUCUUUUGAAUUAAAUUAGGUGAUCCGUUCUUUAAGAUGUAUUAUCAACAAAAUAUUUAAAGAUAGAAAUUUUAUAUUGCCUAAUUUUAUUCGUACAGAGUAGCACUGUAAAUAUGGAAAGAAGACUUUCCCUUUUCCAUAAACGUUUGGAAGAACUAUAGGUAACUAACAUCAGGUAACUCAUAUAUAAAUACAUAUAUAUAUUUUUUCAGUUAAAUUAAAACGUACCUGUCUAAGUUACAAAAAUAAUUGUUUAAUAGAUUUGUAUACUAGUCAUUGAACAAUCAUAGUUACACUAAGAAAGAUUUAUCGGUGGUUACUAAUUAUUCAGGUUUCUCCUUUUUAAUGUGCGUCAUGUCUUCUUCUGUGUGAUCGUUCUACAUGAAUCAUAAGUAUCGGAGGCAAGUGGUUAAAUCAUAGAGACAUAAGAAUUUCUUCUGUCUCUACAGAUUAAACGGUAGCAAAUAUAAAUAAGUAGACAAUUUGUAUAACGAACUAAUGUAUAAAUAUAGUGUUCAGUUUUCUAGCGACGUACGAAUAAAAUAGUCCGCAAUAACACUAUUUUCAACAAGUCUAUGUAUAUAAACUGUGUAUAAACAAUGUCUACCUAUUUUUAUUGCACAACGACACAACAUAUAUUUACUAGUACAUACACAUUACAGAAAUUAUGGUUUCUCAUCAAAGCCGCGAACACUUUUAUACGAGAAUAUUUCGGAUCUUCUGAUAGAUAAUCUUAGACUGAAAUAGUGUCUAGCAUUUGGGAGAAAUAAUUUUAGAUAGUAGUGUUUGAGAUUUCUUAUCACAAAAUUUCUAAUUAACACACGACUGUUGCUGUAUUCUAUUCUAGUUAUUAUAAUUCUCGAAAAAUAUAAGUAUAUCAGUUCGAUUAUGUAUCGCGUUGAAAGAUAAGUUUUAAUUGUUGUACAUACGUACGGAUAACGAAUCAAACGUCGCGUAUUGAUAGGAUUAAAGAUUUUAAUUGCAACUGUAAUUAACGUAUAUAUGAUAAAUAGAAAUAGUUUUAGUUGAUAAAUAUUUCAUUUACGUUUCAGUAUAUUCAAUAAUUUUCUUUUACAUUAUCAGCUCGCAUAUAGUUUAAUAAUUUAUAAAUUUCGUUAUGCACAAAAACGAACCAUGAGGUGUAAAUUAGGGGAGAGGCUUCUACCUGCCUAGCUUGCCAUGUGAUUUGCAAUUAAUUUUCGUGUAUGUGCACAAGCGAUGGUUUAUGUGACGCAGUAAAAUAAUUAGUGUGUAAUCUGCUUCGCUUUCCAUUUAUUUAACAGUUUUCGCUGUUAAUAGCUUAAUAAUUAUUUUCAUUAGUGAAACAGUUAAGAGUAAAAGCCGUAGCCGCACGUGUCUACAGAAUUUUUAAUUUAAGGAAAGCUAGGAUAAUAUUUUCGCUCUAGAAUCUAACGCGACAUGUAUGUAAACAGAGUGUAUAAAUAUAUGUAUAUAUUCGAUUGAAUAAACGCAUUUGAUGAGAGUCAUAACGUAAAGAAAUUUA